AAAUCACGACCUUCACAUUUGGUUCUGAGAUCCGUCUUUCUUCACCGCCUAUACACCAUUAUGAACCUCUUGUUCACUCCCAACCAUAUACAGCUUCUCAACUCGUGUUAUCCCUCAACUUCAGCUCUCCUCACUUCAGGUCCAGAAUACUCUCCGAAUUCGCAGGAACUCAGUCGUCUGACGUAUUAUGCCUCAAAUCAUCCCGACAAAAUUGCCAAGUUGGGCAACGAACUAGAAAAGCGUCUGCGUUCUGAAUGUCGGAAAGCUCAGUCAGGAAAUUUGCGUGCCCGAGCGAGCCUUCUGAUCACUCUCGCUAUAUUCCGAUCCUUGGCAAUCGAAUGUCGACGGGACAUAAAUCUCAUUACAGCCUCUCUAGUUGCAUCCAUUGAGGCCACUCUUUCUUCAAUAGCUAGUGAUCUGGAGGUCGCCGCAAGAGCUGCCAGUGUGUUUACCACCUGGACGACGUAUACAAACGGCCAGUUAAUUGGGACGGAUAAUGCGUUGACGAAAAGCUACAUAGCUAGUUUACGGCUCUUCGCUUCCUUAAGCUCUUCCGAGGCUAAAGACACGGAAACCAGAAACAGGACACGACUUGUCGGUUUCGCAGCCUUGACGGGAGCAAUUAACUCCGAGGCCUUAUACAAUGAUUCUGUCCAAUUCUGGACUCAAGUCUCGAUUCUCAUGCGUCCCGUGCUGAGAGCACUACUCCAGAUGGAGCUUGGGACAUUGGAGGAACAAGCAGCAGGGGUGAAGGAUGCACCGAUAUCUCCAUACCUUGCAGAAUUUCGUACACGCCCUGCCUUGGAAAGACGAGCAGCCUCAAUCCACCUCCAUAUCGAUGGAGAAAACGGUCCAUCGAUGUCGGAAGUUUCAAGUGCAGCGUUGCGUGCCCUCUUCUCGCUGCUCGGAAAUGUGAAUGGCUCUCAACUGGAUCGCAUAAUGCGAUCCUCUUUCGAUAAUUUGGAUGAACUUAAGGCAUGGAGAUAUGUGGAACACUGCUGUUGGUUUGCACAGAAGGCAGCAGAGUGGUCACAGUAUCAGUAUAGAUUCGCCGUCCCGACCUGGCUUGUCGAGCGUCUGGUAGAAAGUAAGGACGCUGGAAGCGAUGAGAUACAGAAAGUUUUGACCAUGAUGGUCACCACAGUGUUCAAGUCAUCCGUGCCCUUGAUCAAUUUAUCGACUUCCGAUAUCUUGUCAAACUUGAUGUCCUUAGUUGUACAGAGGGUGUCAUUCAAUCCUGAAGACGAUUUGCUAUCUCCUCUGGUUGAAUGCAUCUCUUCCUUGGGCUGCCAUGUCUAUUAUUCGGAUCAAAUUCACGAUUUAGCAGGAGAAUUGAUCGCGCGGAUAUCAUCCAUCGAGGCACACGGGGUCGUUUCUCGCAAACAUCCUGACUAUGCCGCCAGUCGGGCUCAAGCCAUUCGUUGCCUGCUGAUGGGACUCUCAGGCCUCCUGCAUGCAGCAAACAAGAACGAGCAGGACAGUUCUGAAGAUGGCAAACCUAGUCAUAACGCCCACAAGGACACUGGGAUCCGUGACCGCUCAUCUCUGCGAUCCAAAAUUCCACCAGAUAUGUGGCAAGACACAAUCAAUCUACUUUGCGACGAGAAUUUUGGUGUGCGGACAGCUUAUGCGGAGGCACUUGUUUAUUACAUUACGCAUGAGAUGCCAAAACAUUGCGAUGACCGCGAUCUCACCAAGCAACGCACAGCAAUCAACGGGUCCCUAAAACAGACAGCGUUCCUAAAUUCCCUCUUUCAUACAGCUGACAUAGGAAGCAAACUUUUACACGCCAUUCAUGCUUACUUAUAUAUCCUCCUCACAUCAUCGUCACUCAAUCCGGAAACGAGCACGACGACUUCUUUAGAUUCCUCCCCAAACAAUACAUUACCCACCUUCAAUGUACAAUCUGCGACACCGCUAACUGAGAGCCAUCCGGACCUCCCACAUUCUUCAACCCCAUCCCAAACUCGUCCAUAUCGCUCCCGGAAACUUUCAAUGGCUCUCCGUCUUCUGCAAUCAAGUCCUCAAGGACUGUCAGGAAACGCAUGUGCUUGCCUAAAGGAUCAUUCCGAAGCGCUCAAUAUUCUUAUGACCAUCCAUCGCCAGUUACCCAUUCGUGCACUAAUAACCGGUGUCCCGAUGUUACUGGCACUCGAUGGUGCUUGCGAUCUUCGUACAGAAGACACCAGAAAUCCCCGCGUGUGUGCCAUUAAAAUCAUUAUAGCUACCACCUGGUUAAAUAUCGGAAAAGUAUGGGAGUCACCUGAAUUAGUGACCAUAGCAGAGAAGGCAUUAUCCCCUUGGCCUUCAUCGAACCCGCUACCGAAGGUCUCAACUGCUUCUCUCGGGAGUUAUUAUCCCCCUCAAGACCCGGACUCGUUGUUAUCGCUUCAAAUACCAGCAGAAUGGGAUGACGUGGACAGGGAGAAAGCUCUUUUGUUGAUCGGGUCCAGUCAGAAGGUGCAACGAGCUACGGGCCUGGAUCAAGAGCAACUUCUUUCAAUGUUCUCCACGAAAUGGACCGCAGAAUCAGUUCUGAAAGAUUCUGUGGAGAAGCCUGGCAGUUUCGAAGCCACUCUUCGAGGAGACGGUGUUUCUCCUCUCAUCAGAAUUUCUCCUGGUUUGAUGCAUAUCGACAACCGCUCCCUCGCAAGUCUAGCUCGCUCGACGCGUGGUGUAGGCGUAACUGACCUUCGUGAGGCUUUAGAAGGGAGGAGCAACAUGUCAAACCCAAAUCUGGCGAGGCCGUCGUCAAUUUCUACUCUUGAUCACACGUCGUCCAUACUCAAUGAUAUUAAACUAACCAAGACGCGUUCGAGAACGCGAAAUAAACGCACUGUUCCAUCUGGACCAGGGGAGGUUCGGGAUGUGCUCAAUAAGCUGGGAUUAGGUAAACAGAACGGUAGUCUUCUCAAGCCUUCCUUUCCUUUACAGCAGAGAUCUUGA